AUGGAGCAUCAUGAGAUGCACUUCCUAAAAGGGAGGAAUCUCAGUAUUGACCAAGAUGUGCCUGUCCGAGAGGUCAAUGUCUCGAAUGCCUAUGAAACCCCCAGCAAGAAUGGUUCCACAGAGUCUUCACCGAAGCGACUAUUUAAUUUCACGCAAAUAUUCUUCUUCUCGCUUACAUAUUUGUCCAGCUGGGAGACUCAGGCGUUAAACCUAAGCACAGUCCUGACCAAUGGCGGCCCCCAAGCCCUCGCUUGGGGCAUUGUUAUUGUUGUCUCUGGUGCAAUGGCACAAUCCGCAUCACUGGCAGAAAUGGCCUCGAUGCAGCCAAUUGCAGGAGCCCAAUAUCACUGGACUCAUUACCUGGCACCCGAACGCCAAAAGAAAUUCAUUACCUGGAUGCAAGGCUGGGUAACAUGGUUCGCAUGGAUCUCAACCCUCGCCGGCGUGGCCAACACGACCGCCACAAUGAUCCAAGGGCUAGCGAGCGUCAACUACCCCGAAUACGAGGCAAAGCAAUGGCAUUUGACGCUGAUCAUCAUCGGAAUGCUGGUUGUCGAGGCUUUAAUGAACAUGUACACCUUCUGGCUCAUUCCCUGGAUUGAAAUGCUGGCUGGCAUCCUACACAUCUGCCUCCUGGUCGUCUUCCUGGUUGUCUUCACCGCACUGGCACCUCGACACACAUCAAAAUUUGUUUUCUUGCACACGCAGAGUUCCUCAGGGUGGGCAACGUUUCCGGCGUGGAAUAUCGGCCUACUAACGCCAGUCUGGGGAUUCGUCGGCUUCGACGGCGCAGUACAUAUGAGCGAAGAAGUCCGCAGAGCAAAGCAAGCCGUGCCUCGCUCAAUAUUCUACACAGUCGUCACAAAUGGCAUCCUCGCCUACGCCAUGGUCGUCUGCAUGCUCUUCACAAUGGGGUCUGUGGAGGAAGCCCAGAAGUCCAGUUUCCCAAUUAUCGAAAUCUGCCAGCAGGCCACGGGCUCUGUGAAAGCCGCCACGGCAAUGGUAUGCGGGUUACUUGUCAUCUCCUUAUCCGUCAACUUGGCAAGUAUUGCCUCUGUCUCACGACUGACAUGGGCCUGGGCCCGCGAUGGCGCCCUACCCCGUUGGUUCGCUCAUAUUGACCGCCAACACAACGUCCCAAUCCGUGCCGUCUGGCUGCCCGUCCUGGUGGUGAUGAUCCUGUCUUGUCUCAAUAUCGCGGACACAGCCGCAUUCGGUGCUUUCGUAGCCCUAGGCUCAAUCGGUCUAUUCGUGUCAUACUUCAUCGCCAUCAGUUGCAUGGUCCACAACCGGUUCCAGGCCAAUGCCGCGCCAAUGGGGAAUUGGAAUAUGGGUAGGCUGGGGCUGCCAGUUAAUAUCUUUGCGCUUGUUUAUACCGCUUGGGUGACUGUUUGGUUGGCUUUUCCUUCGGCGUUGCCGGUUACGGGGCAGAAUAUGAACUAUGCGGCUCCUAUCUUUGGCGCUACGACUUUGUUUGCCUUGGGGUAUUGGUUUGUUAAGGGAAAGAUGAGAUGGGAGGGGUUGAACAAGGAUGUUGUUAGGUUGGUUGUAGAGGGUGGUGAGCUUCAGUUAAAGUGA